GUUCCUCUGCAUGUGUAGAUCUUGCUUGCUUCAGUGCCGGAGCCGGAAUGAGGUGACGCAGAGCGGCUACCUUGUGCCUUUAAGAAGCUGAAAAACAGCACGGCCACCGGCAAACGUAUUUGGUUGCCGGGGCCUAUAUGUUGGAGAAAACCCGUGAAGGGGGUGGAGUUUGGAGAUCCUGCGCACUGAAGUUGUUCCUGGCUUGGCAGGCAGGCAGGAGCUGGCCGAGUAGAGAGAGAACGGAAGCUGGCCGGGCAUUGCAGAGGCUAGGAGCGUGGUGCGCUGCUGCGGGCAGGCAAGGGCGACAGAGGCGGGCGCCAGCGGUACUCCAGAAGAGCUCAUGAUGCCGCAUCCUUUGCUCCUGCUGUUCCUGCUGCUUCAAGCGCCCCGGUUGUGCGCAGGGGAGCGGAGCAGCAGCGCCAUGGAGGAGAUUGCCACGGAGAAAGAAGCAGAGAAGAGUCACCGGCAGGACAGCGUGAGUCUCCUGACGUUCAUUCUCCUGCUCACCCUCACCAUCCUCACCAUCUGGCUCUUCAAGCACCGCCGGGUGCGUUUCCUCCAUGAGACCGGCCUGGCUAUGAUUUAUGGACUGAUUGUGGGAGUCAUCUUGAGAUAUGGCACACCCUCCACCAGUGGUCAUGAUAAGCCAUUCAGCUGCUCUCAAGAAGAUCGGGCAUUCACAACCCUGUUGGUCAACAUCAGUGGAAAAUACUUUGAAUAUACAUUAAAAGGAGAAAUAAGUCCUGGAAAAAUAAACAAUGUGGAACAGAAUGACAUGUUGCGAAAAGUAACUUUUGAUCCAGAAGUGUUCUUCAACAUCCUCCUGCCUCCCAUUAUUUUCCACGCGGGCUAUAGUUUGAAGAAAAGGCAUUUCUUCAGAAAUCUGGGGUCUAUUCUGGCAUAUGCCUUCUUCGGAACUGCAGUCUCUUGUUUCAUUGUUGGGAAUCUUAUAUAUGGUGUUGUAAAACUGAUGAAGCUUGUGGGACAGCUCUCUGAUAAGUUUUAUUAUACAGACUGUCUUCUCUUUGGAGCUAUAAUAUCUGCUACUGAUCCAGUCACUGUACUGGCAAUUUUUAAUGAUCUUCACGCUGAUGUUGAUCUCUAUGCACUGCUGUUUGGAGAGAGCGUUCUAAAUGAUGCUGUUGCUAUUGUACUGUCUUCCUCUAUUGUAGCAUAUCAGCCCACAGGAGGAAAUGUUCACACUUUUGAUGCAGCAGCCUUUUUUAAGUGUGUCGGAGUCUUCCUUGGAAUCUUCAGCGGCUCUUUCAUGAUGGGAGCAGUAACAGGGGUUUUGACAGCACUGAUAUCCAAAUUUACAAAACUGCACUGUUUCCCCUUGCUGGAGACAGCUCUCUUCUUUCUGAUGUCUUGGAGUACAUUCUUGCUGGCUGAAGCUUGUGGUUUUACAGGUGUGGUAGCUGUUCUGUUCUGUGGGAUCACACAAGCUCAUUACACUUACAACAAUCUAUCAGUUGAGUCAAGGAGCCGAACCAAGCAGCUCUUUGAAGUACUGCACUUUCUGGCUGAAAACUUCAUUUUUUCUUAUAUGGGGUUAGCCCUGUUUACUUUCCAGAAGCACGUAUUCAGUCCCAUUUUCAUUAUUGGAGCUUUUAUAGCUGUCUUCCUGGGCCGAGCUGCACACAUCUAUCCACUUUCUUUCUUCUUGAACUUGGGCAGAAGGCACAAGAUCAGCUGGAACUUUCAGCACAUGAUGAUGUUCUCAGGUCUUAGGGGAGCCAUGGCAUUUGCUCUAGCCAUAAGAGACACUGCAACUUAUUCUCAUCGGAUGAUGUUCUCCACAACUCUUCUUAUUGUGUUCUUUACUGUCUGGAUUAUUGGUGGAGGCACGACACCCAUGCUGUCAUGGUUGAAUAUAAGAGUUGGUGACCAUGUUCCUUCGGUGGAAGAGAUGGAUGAAAGCCGCUGGCUGUACUUCAGAGUUGGAGUUGACCCAGACCAAGAUCCUCCACCCAGCAAUGAUAGCUUUCAAGUCUUACAAGGGGAUGGUCCAGAUAUUGAAAGGAGGAACAGAACAAAGCAGGAAAGUGCUUGGAUCUUCAGGCUAUGGUAUAGUUUUGACCACAACUACCUCAAGCCCAUUCUUACGCACAGUGGCCCUCCACUAACUGCAACUCUUCCAAGUUGGUGUGGAUUGAUUGCUCGCUGCCUAACUAGUCCCCAGGUUUAUGAGAACCAGGAGCAACUUAGAGAUGAAGAUUCCGAUUUUAUUCUGAAUGACAGUGACCUGACACUAACAUAUGGGGACACGACAAUAACUGCUAAUGGAUCUUCUGGCUCACAUACUGCUGCUACUACUAGCCUUGAUGGCAGGAAGACAAAAAGUAGCUCAGAGGAGGCUCUCGAACGUGAUCUGGGAACAGAAGCACCUGAGGUGAUGAGCAGAGGCACUCGGCUGGUAUUUCCAUUGGAUGCGUGAUGACUGGCUCAGUUAAAAAAUGGAAAACAUUCAGCAAUAGCCCCAAUGUCCAAGGACGCAAGAUGUCCGCAGGUCCCAGUGUCAGUGGAGGUUCUUAGCAAAUUUAAUGUCUGUUGUGCAAAUGGUUUUAUUAAGCUGGAUGCUAACCUUGACAAACACACCUCCUUUUUAAUUUCAUUCAAGAUGCUGACUAUGUCUAAUCCAGACAAGUGAAAAUUUGGUCAGGGUCUUGUCUAAAAUAAAAAAAACACCUUAAUGUAAAAGCAGCGUGUUAUAAUCAUCUCGUUUUGCUGCACUACCUCUCUGACAAGAGGUCUGGGAAUAUUAACUAUAGCAGUGGGUUAAGCUUAUUCAGGGCCAUCAAAAGCUUUUCAGCCUGGAAAACAUUAGAAAAUUCUGAUGUUCAUAUUGGCCAUUCUUGACGGAAGGUGCAAUGUUUGUCUUAUACUUGAAAAACAUAGGCGCAAAAGAGGACAUUAUAUACUGUGAGCACAUUAGCAGAAACAUUGUUUUGGGACUUGUUUUAAAAGCAAAGCUCCAUUUCAUUUCAAGGGAAACAAAAAAAAAAUCCUCUUUAUUAGAAAUGUUUAGUAUUAAUUGUGUGUCUGAAAGGAGGAGUAUCAAUGUGUGUGUUCUCCUAACUCUGGACAACUUUACUCAGAAUUUCUGUAAGAGUUAUGUGGCUGCAUCAUAAGCAAAGUCCUUUGGUUUGCCGUCCAGGUUUUACCACUUCCUUUCUCUUACCCAUAAUACACUCUGGUUGUCUGGCUAAACUCUUAGCUUUAUCAGAUGGAGGAAAUUACCAGUCAUCCUGUGACAAUUGUAGACUGUGAUGUUUGUUUGUUACAGUUGUGAAGACAGUGUUGAAUGCAAAUGCAGCUGCAGAAUUCUGUACAGGUUGCACAAGAAGUACUAAUGGAAUCUGGUCCAAGUUCCAGAAGGAUGAGCCUACCAUGAGUGUAACUCUUUAUGACAGUGGGAUUAAAAAAAAAAGUGUGUUUUCUCUCUGUUUGACACUGCGUGUGUGUGUUAGUGGCAUAUUGCACUAUUACCCUGAUGUUUAAAACUAGUGCUGUGCCUUUUCUGUAAUACUAGAGUAUUAUGUUAUGUGAAAAGGGAAUACUUUGUCUUGGGUACAGAUAUGCUCAUUUAACAUAGAAUAUAUGUAAGCCAAUUGUGAAUGAGUGGCCUCAUGAUACAAUUAGCUAAUUCUUGACUACUUCCCUUCAUGAAAGCAUAGCUUCUCAAAAGCAGGAUUCAAAAUUAAAGCAAUGUUUGGAUUCAAAGAGGUAGCAUUCUCCCCCCCCCCCCCGACUGUUCCAUAAUUUUAACAUAGCCACUAUGCUUAAAAAGAUGAAGAUGUUCUUUACCAAUAUUUUUUCCCCACCAUGAGAUGCAGGGUGGGGGAGAAUGACUGACUUGCCAUUUUUAUUUUAGUCUGUGAAACAGAACUGAAAUUUGAAACAACCUGUUUAAUAAAAGUCCACAAGUCUC